CUGGCACAGAUUACUGUCGCCUCACAUCACAUGUGCCACGGACUAUGGGGGUCAUUCCGAGUUGAUCGCUAGCUGCCGAUCAGCCGAUGUUCGCUGCGUACCGAUCAUUUUUUAAAAACCUGCAAAACUACGCAUGCGUAUGGGGCGCAAUGCGCAAGGGUACAAAGAGCAUCGUUGUUUUGCACUGCUUAUAGCUACGAUACCAUUCGCACAGGAGAUUGACAGGAAUAAGGCAUUUAUGGGUGUCAACUGACUGUUUUCAGGGAGUGGUUGGAAAAACACAGGAGUGUCCAGGCGUUUGCAGGGCGGGUAUCUUGACGUCAAUUCCGGGACCUUCGUCGCUGCAAUCAUCGCACAGAAUAAGUAACUACACGGCUAGUCUUGUUCUGCACAAAAUGUUUUGGUGCUGCACAUGCGUUUGCACACUUGCAAUGCGUAAAUACACUCCCCCGUGGGCGGCGACUAUGCGUUUGCACGGCUGCUAAAAGCUGCCAAGCGUUCAACUCGGAAUGACCGCCUAUGAGCGGUCACUUAGUGACACACAGGUUCUCCAGCUUGAAUAAAUGGUUACUCGUGUGAAGCCAUGGCUGGUCAGGUAUUUACAGUUUUGUAUACUCAUCAGAAGACUAAGAAAUCUAAAGUUUGGCAAGAUGGAAUUUUGAAGCUACUGGGAGAAGGAAAUCAGGCUGUUUUAUACAGUGACAAAGGACAGCGCCUGGAAAGUGUUUUCCUUAAAACUAGCGAGGUGAGUCCUGGGGAUGAUCUGGAAAGUGACCGCUUCCUAAUCACUGUGGAGACAGAAGGAAAAGGCAGCUCUGCCUCUCAGAGCUCCACUGAGGAUAAGAAUGUGCCCAAUAUUAACAGAAAUGGACUGAAACCUGUUGGCCUGCGACCGCCGUCUGGUUUAAAGAGGAAAUUUAGUGGUUUUCAAGGUCCUCGUGAAAUUUCAAAGAAGCCAUCUGUAGUGGUGGAGGAACCUAUGACUACGUCGUCUUCUCAGCUAUCACAGGGAUGCUCUUCUUUGCCUGCCCGGCUGUACACUACAUCUCCUCUGUUUGCCGCAUCGUGCAGGGAUCGGUCAGACUCUACUCAGUCACCUGACUUCUGUCCUGACAGAAUUGUCACCUGGCGGAAUCCUGAUGUUAAUGGAGAUAACUUGUCCUGUAACUUUUCAGUCACUCCAAAGCAAACAGUAGAAAUAGAACAUGUUGCUGACGUAACCGUAGAAGGAGGCAAGAUUAAACAAAACAUACGAAGCGCAGCACAGAUUUUGGCUCUUUUAAAAUCCAAGCCAAAUGAAAUGGGAUUGUGUACCAACUUUGCUGAGCCAUGUUCUAAAGAACCACUGGUUAGAUGUAACAGUGAGGUGCUGCAGGAUGUAUGUACAAGUAGUGCCAUUGUAUUAGAGAGGGAAAAGCAUUGGCGACACCCUCAUGCACUUUCUCCUGUAAAACCUGUGACUAUCAAGAGUCGGUGGGAUAUAUACCUAGAUCAGUCCCAAGCCGACAGCACUGUUAAUAGCGACAACAAUGACUUAUCUGUUCUGUCUAGUAGCCCAGACAAGAGGCCCAAUGCUGGACCUGUUAUAUGCAUACAAGAUAAUGGGGCAAAACAUGAUGAAAUAAAAGAAGAAGACAUGUUUAAUUCAAAAGCUGAUAACCUCUCAAUUAAAGAUGACAAAGCUGCUGUUUUAGCAGAUGUCUUAAAAACAGACAAACUGCUUUUAAAUACUGACCAACAAUCUUAUGAUGUUUCCUGUAAGCAUGGCCUUAGUCAUAGACAAUCCCCUAUACCAGAAACCGUUACUACUUCUCCUAAUACAGUGAAAGUUGAUACUGAGAAUUUCAGUUUAGAUAAUGAUAAAUGCGAUGACCUGUUCUCAGAGGUCACAUUUAAUCUGAUGGAUAGUUUUGAUUUUACGGAACUAGAUGAUGAAAGUACAAAAUUGGAUCAACCUCCUUCCCAAAAUGUAUCAGCUAUGGCAAAAGAGGACUUAAUUGAGGACAAUAUCUUACAAAAGAAAGAGCCAGAUACAUGCGCUAUUCAUGUGUUGGAGGAAGAGAAAUCUAAUGAUAGUAGAUAUUGUACUGCUCCUGCGGUAUCUGGGAUUUCAUGCAAACUGGAAAGUGACUGUUUUAUACUUCCCAAUAUUCACAGCAUGGCAACAAGUGGUCAUUGCAACAGCGAGCCAAAGGGAAUGAGUGAGAACAAUAAAAAACAGACAUUGGAAAACUCUUUGCCAUUAAUUAAUAACAGAGCUAUAGAGAAGGAAGGUCAUAUUUCCAGCAGUCAGUCAGCUUUGUGUUCAGCUGAUCCUUCAAAGCAGGAAGCUACACAAAUUAGUCAUGAUUUCAGCUUUGGAUACUGUAAGAGCAAAUCCCCACCUCCGUUACCAGUUACCAACAUACAGCAUUCAGCUAAAGAGAUCUGGUGUAAUGACAUGAUUACGGACUCACCUGAACAGUCACAUAUGGGAAUAAACCUUUCCCUCUUGAGAAGUCUGAGUAACCCUACCUGCGCUAUAGAGAGUCUAAGCGUUCUAAAGAUGAACUCCCCAUCCACAGAGAAGAAAAGAGACACUGAUGCAGAAACAUGCCUGGAGAGGGGAGCAGAUGAAGCUCUUCACAGGCCAAGUCACAAGGAGAUGCAGCUGCCAGAAGAUUACCAAGGAACACAUUUCUUUUCUACAGAGCCUAUCUUACCACCAGGGCUUCAUACCGAUGACAUGCCGCCAUCAUGCAGUCCCCUGCCUGGCUCUCCACAGCUGGCUUCACCCGGCUCUCCCCAGAAGAAAACCUACCAUAGUAAUUACUCCCAGACUGUAUCUGAGCGCAGUGUGGUGCUUCAUGACUCCGAUUCAUUGAAUUCUAUGAAAUAUCCCCUUCCUUUUUGCAUUGCGGGAACUCCAGGAUCAGACUGUGAUUGGGAGCUGUCACAGUGUUUAGUUAAUAAGGUGACAUCACCAACACAGGAAGAGUUACCCAAUCUGGAACGCCCAUUCUUUCUGCGGUCUAGAUGUGACUCUGGAGCACCACUGAGCAACUUGACAUCUUCUCCAGAGCAACAUAGUAUUAUGAACACAAAUAAGGUAUCCAAAGUUCGAUCCAGACUUCAGAUGCAAGUACCAGCAGCCCCUGCACCAAUAAUUGAUGCGUAUUCCAGGUUAAGACCUGUGGAUGAUGCAUUCAAUCCAUUUGAAUCUCCUAAAGACAGCAACCUCUCAUUAGGGGUUGGGUAUUGUAAAACCACCACCACAAGCGCUACCUUGAUUCCUGAUAUAAACGAAAGCAGGGGGGAGUUUUUUCUACAGAGCAGAGAAAGAGGCCCUGUAAUACUGAAACCGCAAGAAAAUUGUGUUGUGUCAGCACAUAUACAGCCAAGCAAGUGGGCAAAGUAUCAGAACGUUUCUCCCAGAUGCUCACAAAAUAUAGAUAAGAGAGAGGGUAAUGAUUUUUGUGCACAGAGUGUUUUUAGAAAUGCAGACGGAAUAGAGGGUAUCCAGAAUAAUGAGUUGGAAAUGGUGGCGUCAUCGCACAUUGGUCCCCUAAGGGACACACUUGGAUACCAGAAUGGUGAAAAUUCUGGACCACGUGUGCAGCUACUCGCCAAAUUCCUUGGCCCGGCUGAUGGAUCUUUACCUCCUGUGGGAAGAAAGAAAAUACCCUCUCGUGACACAGCAAAUGAGCAGAUCUGGCCAUCAUGUGAGCUGGGAUUUCCGUGUAGACAGGUUGUACUGUCUGUAUCCGUUCCUAAAAGAAAAGUGAAUAUCCCAGCUGUAUUCAAGUCUCCAGCACAUUAUAAGCAAGUUUUCAGGGCAUCACUUGCUGAGCAUUUAAAUAUAAUAAUGUUCGAGCUGUCCCAACGGUUGCACAAAGCUUUCUCCAAAGUUGACAUGUCCUUCUAUACGUCACCAAGUAGAGACGAGACAGUCGGAAACAAUAAAUCUGCUCCACACUGCCUGCACCAACAGCCUGCCAAGCUUGUAAUGGUCAGAAAAGAAGGGCCCAAUAAGGGCCGUUACUUUUAUACUUGUGAUGCCUCUAAAGCUGAUCAGUGUAAAUUCUUUAAAUGGCUGGAUGAAGUAAAGGGGACACAUCCAGAGAGAAUGAAACCUGACUCCAGAGUUGUCCUGGGGGAUAUGAAGAGCUUGUCUAGCUAUGUCAGAUGCCAGAAUAUAAAGCUGUAUGAGGAGAGCCAGCUUAUUAUACGGAGAAUGGCUACUUUACCAAGAAGACAGUUUGGCAAGUUUUCAAAAAUUGUGAAUGCGGAUUCAGAGUUUUGUGAUGCAUCAAAAACCAAACUUUAUCUUAAGCUUAGUAGGAAAGAUCUUUCUUCUGUUUACAGCAAAGAUGAUCUGUGGGUUGUUUCCAAGACCUUAAACUUCGAUUCACUGGAUACAUUCAUUGCGUGCAGUGUGUUCUUUGGUCCAUCCUCUAACAAUGAUAUAGAGAUUUGUCCUUUGAAUGGAUAUAGCCCUUCCAACUGGCCGUCAAAUAUGGUCGUCCAUGCACUGCUAGUGUGUAAUGCAAGCACAGAGCUGACAACAUCGAGAAACAUACAGGAGCACUUUAACCCAACCACACUACCUCUCAUGCCUCAUCUCCUGGCAAUGUCCGCUGAAACUGAGAAAGUUAAUAAGAUUUCUAGAGGGAAGUUCAAAUCACCUGCCAUUACUGCCAGAGUCCCCAACAAGUGUGAGGUUCCUGAUUACAACUAUGUGCUGAGUUUAGCAAUGGAGACGAUUAAACAAUUCUGUUUGAAUGAAGACCAAGGAAAAGCAUUACUACAAAUAGCACAUAUGAUGGCCGGCUGUGAUGGACACCAGAAACAACAGACUGCUCCCAUCACAAUCAUCCACGGAGUUUUUGGUUCUGGAAAAAGUUACCUACUGGCGGUGGUAGUAUUGUUCUUAGUUCAGCUAUUUGAAAGCCAUGAUCCUGCCAAAGAUCCUGGUUCAUCUCACUGGAAGCUUCUCAUCUCAUCAUCCACCAAUGUUGCAGUUGAUAGAGUUCUUCUGGGAUUGCUUGAUCUAGGAUUUGACCAGUUUAUUAGAGUUGGAAGCAUUCGGAAAAUUGCAAAGCCCAUCUUACCCCACAGCUUGCACACUGGGUCCGAGAAUGAAAGUGAGCAACUCAAGGAGCUUCUAGCACUUUUAAAGGGAGAUGACCUAACUCCUGGAGAAAAGGCUUGUGUUCGAAAAAGUAUUGAACUACAUAAACUGGGUACCAAUAAGACUCUGCUGGGACAGGUACGUGUGGUUGGUGCAACAUGUGCAGCAUGUCCUUUUGCUUGUUUAAGCAGCCUGAAAUUCCCGGUUGUGAUUCUCGAUGAAUGCAGCCAAAUGACCGAGCCAGCCUCUUUGCUUCCUAUUGCCAGAUUUCAGUGUGAAAAGCUGAUCUUGGUUGGGGAUCCCAAGCAACUGUCUCCCACUAUCCAGGGCUCUGAGUUUGCACAUGAAUAUGGAUUGGAACAAACACUUUUCAGUCGACUUUGCUUAAUGGGUCAUCCAACAGUUAUGUUAAGAACUCAGUAUCGCUGUCAUCCUGCUAUUAGCGCUAUUGCUAAUGAACUGUUUUAUGAAGGUCAUCUUUUAAAUGGAGUAUCAGGUGAAGACCGGAAACCUCUCUUAGACUGGUUACCCACUAUAUGCUUUUAUAAUGCCAAUGGCACAGAACAGGUGCAAGGAAACAACAGCUUCCAUAAUGUAGAGGAAGCCAACUUUACAGUGAAGCUUAUCCAGUCUCUGAUAGCAAGUGGGAUGCAGGGAUCCAUGAUUGGUGUAAUAACCCUCUAUAAGUCUCAGAUGAAUAAGAUAUCCUGUAUGCUUAGCUGUGCUGCUCAGUGUGACCCAGUGGAGGUGAAGGCAGUCCAGGUGUCCACUGUGGAUGCUUUCCAGGGAGCUGAGAAGGAAAUCAUUAUCCUGUCCUGUGUCAGAACAAGGCAGGUCGGAUUCAUAGACUCAGAAAAGAGAAUGAACGUGGCACUAACCAGGGGAAAGAGACAUUUAUUGAUUGUCGGCAGUCUCGCGUGCUUAAGAAAGAACAAGCUAUGGGAGCAGGUGAUCCAUCACUGUGAAAGUCAUAAGAAUGGAUUAAAACAUGUCAGUCAGUGUGACGAAAAGCUAAACACUAUUCUUAAGCUUUACCAAGAAAAGAAAGAAGAGGAAAUUUCCUGUGUGCAAAAGAAACCUGCUGCAACAACAGUUGUGAAGGGAUUUAAAGUUGUGGGAAUCCUCACCAGCUAUAAACUGUUUAAUUUCAUGGAGUACUUUUAAGACCUUAGUGAACAAGAGGACUUGGGUGGCUAAUGCCUCAUUUGCUUAGUCAGAACAAUUUCAGAAGGUGUUGCAGAAGGCACACUCAGAGCUCUAAUAUCUUCAUCACACCCUAGUUUCAACGCGUUUCGAUCCGUCAGGAUCUUCUUUUGGGAGCAGUAGAAGAUCCUGAUGGGUUGAAAUGCGUUGGAGGCCACUAACAAAACCAUUCAUACCCACACCAGGAGAAACCGAGCUACAACCGCUGAAAUUGUCGCACAUCGCAGUCAGUCACGUGACCGGAAACUAGGUAAAGGCAGAAGGG